CCUCCGCUUGGCCGGAGCCUCAAUAUGAACGUCCCAGGCUUCAUCCAGCCCUACCAUCCCUCCCCCAGUUGAGAAAAACGUCAUCACACCUAUAAAAGAGCGCCACAUUCAAACCUAGAUGAGAUUUGAUAAUCUCUUGUGCGCCAGUGAAAAAAAAAAUGUGUUUGUGUAGGCGGUGGUGGCUUUAUAGUGUCGGCUUAGUCAAAUCUUUUGACACCCAAUGACGUGGCAUUUGAGAGAAUCCAGCGGAGCAACGACAAGUUCAUCAGGCAAAGUGGUGGCCCGUUUAAUUGGGUGGCGGUGUGUAUUAUUAAAAGAGUUCGCCCUACUACAAGGACGGGAGCGAAAAAUCUGGAAUAAUGAGUUGCUGGUAUUUAUAAGUAACAGUCUAAUAUAGUAGAGCUCCUUCUUUUUGUGCCGCAUUCAUUGUAAUGUUUCAAGUCUGAAUCGUUGGUUACACACACAGCUGGGAUCGACGCAGUGGCGAUUAGGUCGGUCCCUCUCUCUAUUUUACCAUGUUCUUAUUGGCGACGUCGUACGAUUGCGCCCAGAGAAAAAUGAAUUGCCGAGAGUUGACUCACUCCAGUCUCAACCUCUUUACUAAAAUUGGUCGUUAGAUUCUUUUUCUUAUAUUUUUGAUUUGGUCGCCUUCCGCCUCCCGUUGUACUAUAUAAACCAACUUGUCAACUGGCGCUGGGUGGUUGUGUGUGACUGUGACCCACUUGACGACGUUCCUUGCAACAGCCGACGACAACUGGAGCGGCGGCGGCCCACGUCGAUCACGCUCCCUUUUGCCAUUAUUAAGGACUCGGCAGCUGCGUCCCACAGCCGCCAAUCAGGCUUUUCCUGUUUUCAGACUCGUUGGAGGCAUUGGUCUUGUUGGGUCGUUUUGUAACUAAAGUAUUAUCGGCCACUCGAACCCAAUACGUGUAACCAUCAUUGGAACAAUUAUCGUUGAAAUCGGAUCAACUGUCUCGUGGAAACAUUGUGUCGUUCAAACAGACCUCCCGAAAAUAGUGUGAUAGACUCUGCGUCGUCUGCGUAACCAAGGAAACGACGUUCAAGCCAAUUACAAAAAAAAGUGCAAUUUUCUAGUCAAUAAAAGAAAACGGAAUAACACAAAAACUAAAAAAAACUAAAAAAAUGAGGUCCUCUACAAACUGGUUGUUGGUGAAUAUUUUAUUCGCCUGGUUUACCUGGCAACAAAGCAACGCCGACAAGUUCACUCUGGGAUACAUCACCGGAUCAACCCGUAGACAGUGGGACAAGGAAUACUCUAGACCUGGGCUCUCCAUUUCAGGCGCCAUAUCGUUGGCCAUUGAAGAUGUCACCAGACACAGGAUUCUACCCGGCGACCACACCUUGGAUAUGGUCGUGGCAGAGACAUAUGGCGAGGAAGAAGAGUCUCUACUGCAAACGGCCAAACUCUGGACACUCAACGUGUCGGCCUACAUCGGACCGCAAGAGUCGUGCGUGCACGAGGCUCGAAUGGCCGCCGCUUUCCGCCUUCCCAUGAUUUCCUACUUUUGCACGCACGAUGAAACUUCCAACAAGGAACUUUUCCCGACGUUCGCCCGCACUCGGCCACCAGACACGCAAAUCUCCAAGUCGGUCGCCUCCGUCCUGAAAGCCUUCCAUUGGCACAAAGUCGCGUUUUUCCAUAAGAGCACGGACGACUCGGAGUACGCCAAAAUCGCGCAGACGAUAAUGACGACCCUGUCAGCCGAGAAAAUCGAAGUGAAAUUCCGCCGCUCGUGGAAAGUGUAUCAUCACGGCUGGGACGACUGGGUGAACCCGUUUGAGAAAAUGGUCAACGAAACCUACCAAGACAUCCGCAUUUACGUGGUUCUCGGCCCGUAUCAUGAACACAUCGGACUUUUGACGGCCAUGGAGGACAGGCAUCUCUUCGAUCGAGGAGAAUAUUUCGUCCUGGGCGUCGACUUGGAUCGUUACGACGCCGACAAUCCCAGCAAGUAUUUGCGCGGUUCGCUCAAAGAUGAUCUCGACCAGAAAGCCAUUAAAGCGUUUGAGAAUUACGUCGGAGUCGUCGGUUCCCCGUCGGGCGCCGAUUUCGACAAUUUCACCCAAAUGGUCAACGAUUACCUGGAACGGCCGCCCUUCAAUUUCUUCAAUCCUCUUACCUCCUACGGCGUCGGCAAACGAAUCCGGUCCGAGGCCGCCUACCUUUACGACGCUGUUCUCCUCUACGCUCACGCCCUCCGCGAGGUCCUACUGGUGGGCGGCAAUCCUUACGACGGUCUGGCCAUCAUGGAGCGCAUUCGUGGGCGGACCUACAUGAGUGCCAUGGGGUACGUCGUUUACAUGGAUUCUAACGGUGACACACAGGGGAAUUACACACUGAUUGGACGCCAGCCCUACGAGACUACUAACCACGAAGAUGGACUCUAUCCAGUGGGCGUCUUCCACAUUCCACGAAAUCACAGCACAAUCCCGGAACUGCAUUUGGUGGCUGAAAUCAUGUGGAGAACGGGCAAGAUUCCAAUCGACGAGCCGCCGUGUGGAUUCCGUGGCGAGCUCUGCAUCUCUAAUACAGAAGAGAUUGCUUCUGGAAUUGCCGGUGGGGUCGCCGUCGUCUUUAUCAUCGUGGGACUUAUCAUUUACCGUAAUUGGCGCUACGAACAAGAACUGGAUUCAUUCUUAUGGAAGAUCGACUACAAAGACAUCCAGAUACCAGACCUUCCGCCUCUUUCAUCUGGCCAGGGCAAAGCUUCCCGCAGUCUGCAUCCGCUUCUGAGAACGAGCCAGGUGUCUCUCAGCUCUAAUCCGGAAACGGACUUUCGAUAUUCGGCCAUUUACGGCACGAUUGGAGUCUACAAGGGCCGGAUCUUUGCCAUCAAAAUGGUCAACAAGAAAUCCAUCGACAUGACACGAUCCAUGAAAAAGGAACUCAAAUGGAUGAGAGAUUUGCGACACGACAAUCUAAGCGCCUUCUUCGGCGCCAGCGUCGAUCCGCCGAAUAUUUGCAUCGUGACUGAAUACUGCACACGGGGCAGUCUGAAGGAUGUGCUGGAGAACGACGACGUCAAAUUAGAUAACAUGUUCAUCGCUUCUCUCGUGGGCGAUAUAGUGCGGGGGAUGAUUUAUCUGCACGACUCGCCCGUCAAGUCUCACGGUAAUUUGAAAGCCUCUAACUGUUUGAUUGACAGUCGCUGGGUUCUCAAAGUGGCUGAUUUCGGCCUGCACGAAUUCAAGUCCGGAGCCGAGCGCAUCAGCAACAACGUUGACGACGACUACUGCGACGACUAUAUGCACGGUUUGCUUUACAGGUCACCAGAGUUGCUCCGCUUGGCCGAUCCACCUCUGCAAGGGACCCAGAAAGGAGAUAUUUACAGUUUCGGGAUUCUUUUGUACGCCAUUCACGGACGACAGGGGCCUUUCGGUUUCACUCCGCUUAGCACAAGUGACAUUCUCAAGAAGGUGACCGAACACGCACCUCCACUGCCGCCCUUCAGGCCGCAAAUGGAAGCGCUGGAAAACUGCCUCGACUGCGUUUGUACCGUCAUGGUCGAGUGCUGGCGGGAGCAGCCGGAGGAGCGACCCGAUUUCAAGACUAUCCGCUCCAAAUUGCGACCAAUGCGCAAAGGCUUGAAGCCCAACAUCUUUGACAACAUGAACUACUUACUGGAGAAAUAUACCAACAAUCUUGAAGCGUUGGUCGACGAGCGGACCGAACAACUGCUCGAGGAGAAGAAGAAAACCGAGGCACUUUUGUAUGAAAUGUUGCCGCGCUACGUGGCCGAAAAGCUCAAAUGCGGACACAAAGUGGAGGCGGAAUCGUUCGACUCGGUAACCAUUUACUUUAGUGAUAUUGUCGGAUUCACGGAAAUGUCGGCGCAGUCGAGUCCACUACAGGUGGUGGAUUUCCUGAACGAUCUCUAUACGUGCUUCGACUCGAUCAUUGGAAAUUACGACGUGUACAAAGUGGAGACCAUUGGGGACGCCUACAUGGUCGUGAGUGGCCUUCCGAUCCGCAAUAAAGACCAGCACGCUGGAGAAAUCGCCUCCAUGUCGCUCUCUCUGCUGCGCGCCGUCGUCAAAUUCAAAAUACGACACCGACCACAUCAGACGCUCAUGUUGCGCAUUGGCAUCCAUUCCGGCCCGGUAUGCGCCGGAGUUGUGGGACUGAAAAUGCCUCGCUAUUGCCUCUUUGGUGACACGGUCAAUACAUCUUCGAGAAUGGAGUCGACUGGAUUGCCUUUGAAGAUUCACUGCUCGACGGCCUGUAAGCAACUGCUGGACCGUCUAGGCGGCUACAUCCUGGAAGAGAGGGGAGAGAUCAAGAUCAAAGGCAAGGGUGAUAUGGUUACCUAUUGGCUAGUGGGUGAAGAGACUGGGAGUCAAAUUCGCCAGCGCGGCCGGCCUAAUGGCCCUUGGCCCAACCGACCCAAGAGUUCCCUGCGGAACCACAAAUUGCCCCGCAACCGACACAAUCGAGAAGAUUUAGCUUCUAGCCUCGACUCGCCAAAGAAGUUGAGGUUCGCCUCGGACUCGCCGGCCGCAGGUCCGUCAACGGUGGACAUGGAGAUCAUGGACGAGACGGUCCCAUUCGUCGUCACGAGCAAACGCAAUUCCUGCCCGAACUUGAAGGUGAACGCUCAGGUGGGCGGAUUCACGCUGAUGCAGCCGAGUUUCAGCCGAUCGUUCGAGCGAAAACUUUGCUAUCAACCUCAUCGCCUGAGUACUACUUCCCUGGUUGAGGCCAUUACGUUGAGUUCCAGCCAUAACGGCAGCCACAGGACGCCCAACGGGAAAUCGCAACUCCACUUUCCCUUGUCAUCGCCCAAUUCGUCGAGGAUUCGCGGAGAAAAUCCCAAGAUCGAGCUCAGCCCCCCAGAAGAAUCGAUGAACGAUUGCUGGCCUCUGCUCGAUCCCCAUUACACGGGCAACGAGCACGGACUAAGGGACGACAGGGAGACGAGCGUCUGAGUCAACAUGCAGAUUCAGUGUCCAUCGUUAUUUAUUUAUUUAUUUAUCCAAGCAACAGCAACAAAAUUUUGUUUUCUUAACUUUCCCAUUAUUGGACUCGCUCCCAGUUGUUCAUCAAUGACGCGAGGAUCGUCCUAUAGCCACCUAGCGGCCAACGGACUCAACCCCCGUUGCAAGUUGCAACCGGCCAAUCUGUCAAUGAGAAAAGCCUGAAAACUGCGUAAACGAGAACUGAAACCGAACGUUUAUCGACUGCACUUUGAGUGAUGAUUUUCAAAGGGAAUCUAUUUUAAAAACAACCUGCCGAGUGGUUACAACCACUGCUUGCCGCUACGUGAAUUGGCAAACAGUUGGCGUCAUUGCGGGCUGGAUUUGACGACCGACAUUGAACGCAGAAGAAUUUGUGAAAAAAAGGAAAAUAAAACGAGGCUAACCAACGAAAAGGGAUGCAAGAGUAUGACAAGAUGAACGAGGUGAAACGGACUGAAUGGAUGAAGUGGGUUGAUUUCGGUGCAUGAAUAAACGAAGCGAACGGGAAGAGAUAACGAGAUAGUUCUGCGCUCCACGCGUGAAACACCCAUCGAUGCAGUAGCCAAGGCCCCGCCCUGGAAUAUAUAUCGAAAGGAAGGAAAGAA